UUUGUGAACCCUGAUAUUUGUUUCAAAAAUUAUGCAUGUACCGAAUAUUUAAUGGAAAAUGAAUCACAAAUUAAUUACAAAAUAAGCAAACCUCAUUAUAUAUAUCCAAGAACAGCAUGGAUUCCAAAGAUCACCCACGUAUAGAAAAAGGAAAAGUAAGAGGUCUGUUCAUUAUUCAUUUUGCUUUAUCUUUACUGCUUCUUUCAACCCUCGAACAGUCACUUUAAUUGGCUCUCUUUACCCCGAUUUUAAGCACAAACCACACACCCAAAAGUCCCCACAUGAUACACACAGAGUCAUCACACUCUUUCCUUGUCUUCUUCUGUUUAUAAAUAAAUCCAGAAGACGCAGACAAAAUCAAAAUUUCACAAGCCUGAAGAAACAAAACAUUGGUAAUUUGUAACAGUCCAACAUGGAAUUAUUGUCACAAAUGUGGUCUUUUAUAGGCCUUCUCACAGUCCUCCAAAACAUACUGCCUACACAGCUUCUCUCAUUUCUGCAUUCUGUCUAUGAAUCCCUUCAUGAUUUCUUUAGCCCGUAUUCUUACUUCGAAAUCCCAGAAUUCAAUGGCUACUGCGGGAUUGAUGUAAAUGAUCUCUACCGCCAUGUGAAUCUCUACCUCAACUCCAUCAACACCUCCACCACCUGCCGCCGCCUCACUCUCUCCCGCUCCAAAUCUUCUAACAGAAUUUCAUACACUGUUGCACCCAACCACACUGUCAAUGACUCCUUCAAAGGCCACCACCUCUCUUGGACUCACCAGGUUGAGACUGUCCAAGAUUCCCUUGAUGAAAAACGUAGUUUCACUCUCAAACUUCCCAAGCGCCACCACAUGAUUCUCCUUGAUCCGUAUUUAGAACAUGUCACAACAAGUGCAGAAGAAUUUGAGAGAGUUUCGCGGGAGCGCAGGCUCUUCACCAACAAUGGACACAGUUCUUUUGAGUCGGGAUGGUCCUCCGUGCCCUUUCACCACCCUUCCACAUUUGACACACUUGCACUCGAGCCGGAGUUGAAGAAACAGCUUACAGAUGAUCUAACGGCAUUUUCUGAAGGCAAAGAUUUUUAUCACAAAAUAGGACGCGCAUGGAAACGUGGAUAUUUGUUGCACGGACCACCAGGGUCAGGAAAAUCCAGCCUCAUUGCCGCCAUGGCUAAUUUUCUAUGCUAUGAUGUGUAUGAUCUUGAGCUUAGUAAAGUCUCAGACAAUUCUGAGCUAAGGGCUUUGCUCAUACAAACUACAAGCCGUUCGAUCAUAGUGAUUGAAGAUAUAGAUUGUUCGAUUGAUUUAACAGGGGACAGAAUAACAAAGAACAGGAAAUUACCAUCAAUGCCUAAGAAUGGCCGGCAUGGACAUGACAAUGGAGAGGAUAAUGGGCGGGUGACUUUAUCAGGACUGCUUAAUUUCACUGAUGGGCUAUGGUCAUGCUGUGGAGAAGAGAGAGUGAUUAUUUUCACUACAAACCACAAGGACACUGUCGACCCAGCGCUGAUUAGAUGUGGACGCAUGGAUGUGCAUGUUAGCCUCGACACGUGCGGCAUGCAUGCCUUCAAGACCUUGGUAAAGAACUACUUGGGGGUGGACUCACACAUGCUGUUUGACGUUGUGGAGAGUUGCAUAAGAUCAGGUGGGGGCCUUACGCCAGCCCAGAUUAGUGAGAUCCUAUUAAGGAACCGUAGAAAUGCUGACGUGGCAGUUAAAGCAGUUAUAUCUCUCAUGCAAGCAAAGAUUUUAGGAGCUAACAUGGACAUAAUCGAGGGUGGAAUGGAAUAUGAUGACAUGGCAAAGUCACCGGACAACCUUGACCGUGGGUCAACUGAGUCUCCACAGGAGAAAAAAAGGCGGGAGAGAUCUAAUUCUUGGGAGAGUAAAGCUAAAUUCCUUGUAAGACUCAAGUCUCUAACAAAAUCUGACUCUGGAAGAAGGGGAAUUUGAAGUUAGAACCCUUCUUGAGCUUAUGCAUAUGAAUUAUGACAUAAAUUUAGUGGUUCAGCUAAUAUUAAGGGCUCAUCAAUAAAGGUCUUACUAAUAGAAGUACUAAUUUCGAGGAUUUUAUAUAUAUUCCAAUUACAAAAGCCCCAAAGCCAAUAGUUAGUGUUUCCAACAACUCUUUGUUUCUCACAAUAGUACUCAAUAAAGAUCCAUAUGUACUAAAAUUAAUUAUUGCAGGCUGUAAAGAAUUAAAUGAAGUAAUAGAGGUCUUAAAAAUCCAUUUGUGUACUGAAUUUGAGCCUUUGCUCGUUCGUGUAAAAUUAAUUAAAAGUUACUAAAAGUCAAAAAUUAAUUUCUAUCAUGCAUUCAAAACUA